AUGCGAAUCUCCUUCGUCCUAUUUAUCACAAUCCUAUACGCAGCCAGUGAUGGGCACGCGAGAGGUCCCGGUCUUGUCACGUUGCCCGAGAAGUGCAACUGCCCAGUCGGAUCUACCUGCCCAGUGACCGACGGCUGCUAUAUACAGGGCAAGAAGGAAGCGGCUGCUGAAGCAGAUCGCCGUUGUUCCGCUUCUGUAGAAGCAGCCAGGGCCGAAGAGCAGGCGAAAUGCGACGCCAAAGUCUGGCAAGAGAAGACGAGCUGCGACAGCAAGUUGUCAGAAGCUGAAACUCGUUGUAAUAACAAAGUAUCGGAAGAGAAAAGCAGCUGCGAUGCCAAGAUAUCGGAAGCAAAGACAAGCUGUGACAACAGGAUCUCCCAAGCGGAGACCAGUUGUAUCGGCAAGAUCUCGGAAAAGGAGAAUAGCUGCAACGCCAGGAUUUCCGAAGAGAAAAGUAACUGCGACGCCAGACUUCGCACAGAUACAGCAGCAAAUGGCUGUGGAGUUGCCAAAUGGGGGCAAGGGUGGUACGUCGUCAAGACUGGCGUGAACCUAGCCAACUGCCAGAACCUAUGCAAAGCCGACCCCAAAUGUCUGUCAUUUAGCAACAAUAAGUCGCCUAAUGGCCCCCACGCUUGCUAUCUCUAUGAUAAGGAGACUGCGCAGCUCACUCCCGGAAACUACAACAACUACGCUUGGGUCCAGUUUGACAAGCAUUGCGGUCCGGUGCCAAACUAUUCCUAG